AGCCUUGUGGUACUGGGGGUGGGCGUAUGCUUCUUUGGGAUAAUGAUGUUUUUAUUGUAAAUAUUUAUAGUCAGAGUUUCUUUAUUGUUGUUAACUUUAUUGAUAAAUCUAAAGAUUGUUCCUGUUGGGUUGUUUUUGUCUAUCUCAGUUCUUCUAAAGCUGAGAAAGCCCUUCAGUGGGACUAUCUAGUGAAUGAAAAAUCCAAAUGGGGGCCA